UGAAAGAAACACAUUUCCUCAAAAGGAUUUAGUGGCAGCUUUUUGACAUUGUGAAAUUACUAUGAAAACAUGUUCCCUUUCAAGUAUGACGUCAUGGAGAUGGGUGUGUGUUGAAGGGGAUUUUUCACCAACACCCCAUGAAUGCAGCACAAGCGUCUAACUGGGUCACGUGAGCUUCUCCGCUAAGAAUGCAGUGACGUGGUAGAGUUCCGUCAGUGUAGCGGUGUCCGACAGCCAACCUGCCCGGGCCAGCAGCUGCCUUACCCGGCUGGGAAAUCCGACAGGGGUCGGUCUGAGGCGGAGCGGAGGAAAGAUUCAGUAGAGAAGAAAAAGAAGAAGCGGACUGUCAAACCAAGGAGGCAGGGAGUUGAAGGUAAACGAGUUGUUGUUUUUUUUUGUUUUGCCUUCAGGACUCGGGGAAUCUGUUUUGGCAGUGAAUUGACUCAGAGGUGGUAGAGGAUUUUAUAUAUUUUUUUUUUAUUCUGUUUUUCCUCCAUCUUUCACUGCGCUUCUACUGUUUACAUCAGCCCGCUGAGCAUCGUGCAGGACCAGCCGCACUCCUGCCGCUCUGUCGCCGCUGCUCUCUCACCUCCUUUCAGAGAGGAUCGGGUGCUGGAUAAACGUGUGUGGAUGCUGUGGUGUUUUCUAUUUACAUUUUUACAUUACAGAAAGGGAGAUGAACUUGGAUGAGAUCAAGAAAUAACAGUGAAACAGCGAGGGGGGAAGCAAAAAAAAAAAAAAAAAAAAAUCAAGUAGUGAGAUAGAGGGGAGCUGUGGUGUAUUACGGACACAAGGAGCAGGAGAGAGAGCAGAGGAGGAGUCGCAGCAGGAGGAGAACCAAAAAACCUGCAGGUUUGUUGAGCCUGUGGGGAUGAGGACGAGGAGGGACGUAACGCAUCCGAGGUGUCAGUGUGAUUAGAGGAGAGGGAGCUGGAAGAGGAGACGCAUUAAAGCCCAGGUUGUUGUCCAAUCCAAGCAGGCGAUGAUGGCGGGUAAACGCACCGGGGUUCACACACUCCGUCAGCCGACCGCAGCCCUGUCAGCAGCAGCAGCAGCAGCAGCAUGAGGAGGAGGAGGAGUAUUUGUGAACUCUUCACUGCAGUCAGAUGGUAAACAACAGCCAUAAAAUGACAGGUUGUUGAGGAGAGGUGCAGCUGAACAGGGAGAGAGGAAAGUGACCAGAAUGAGGAGGGAUUAAGAUGAGACCCCUGCAGCACUCGGGGGAGAGAUUAGAGAGAGCAAACACAGAGGAGGUGACCCUUAUCAUAUCCUGAAGGAGACGAGACAUAGAGCAUGACCCUCUGUUUGUCUACAGUGCCAAAGAAUAGUCAGGGAGAAGCCUCCAUGGCCAGAGAAUCGUCGCCUUCCUAGCUCCACCGGGAGCCUUUUUAACCCUGCUCCAAGCUGCACUGAGGGGCUCAAACAUACCCCUGACUCUACCAGGAGGCUCACUCCAACCCAUCUGCCAGCUCAGAUAACCCUCUGACUGUUGGCAACCACAUGUUUGAGGUGACUGUAUGUGACCACCGCCGCCGCCCAUUCUCGAGCAGCAGCCGCAGCAGCCUCCUGCAACCCCAACCUGCACCAUGCAGUGGAGACGGCGGCACUGCUGUCCCAUCAAGAUGACCUGGACCGUCAAGCGUUCGCUAUUCCGGACCCAUGUGGCUGGCCUCCUCUCGCUGGCCCUGCUCUUCACCCUCUUCCUAUUUUUCAGCCACCAGGACUGGCUGCCUGGACGCAGUGGGCCCCGGGAAAACCCACUGGCCUACACCGUCAGGGGCUUCCGUAGCCCCAAGGGAGAAGCAAACCAGAGCAGCUCCCUGAGGAGCCUGUGGAGGGAGACGGGGUAUGUAGCGCCAAAGCCUCUGCUCAACCUCAGCUCACAGCAGGCGGAGGGGGCAGUCGGGGAGACUGGAGGAGGAGGAGGAGGAGGAGGAGGUGGAGGACUGGGUGGAGGGGGAGGAGCCAGGAUGGGUGUAAUGGGACUUGGGGACUCCAUGAGCACCAACAACAGUUUACAAAAGGAGAUGGGUGUGGGAGGGAGACUCAGUGCGCAGCCCUACCGAUACAUCCUGAACGAGCCUUUCAAGUGCAGGGACAGCGCGCCAUUCCUAAUCCUCCUCAUUGCUGCCGAACCCGGCCAGGCUGAUGCCCGUAAUGCGAUCCGGCAGACAUGGGGGAAUGAGAGUGUAGCAAUGGGCCUAGGGUUCAUACGUCUCUUCUUGCUCGGCACAGGAAAGAGCUCGGACACCUACGUCCAGAGCAGCAUAGAGGAGGAGAGCCGUGUUUACCAUGACAUUAUCCAACAGGACUAUCAGGACACCUAUUACAACCUGACCAUUAAAACCCUAAUGGGCAUGAACUGGGUGGCUACCUAUUGCCCACACGCCUCUUAUGUGAUGAAGACAGACAGUGACAUGUUUGUCAAUACUGAGUAUCUCAUCCAGAAGCUGCUGAAGCCUGAGCUGCCUCCCAAGCAGAGGUACUUCACCGGUUACCUGAUGAGAGGCUAUGCACCAAACCGAAACAAGGACAGCAAGUGGUAUAUGCCGCCAGAGCUGUACCCAAGCGAGCGCUACCCGAUAUUCUGUUCUGGCACAGGGUACGUGUUCUCAGGAGACAUGGCCGAGCAGAUCUACCAGGCUUCUCUCAGCAUACGCAGGCUGCACCUGGAGGAUGUUUAUGUGGGGAUAUGCCUGGCGAAGUUGCGCAUUGACCCAGUGCCGCCACCCAAUGAAUUCCUCUUCAACCAUUGGCGGGUGUCUUACUCCAGUUGCAAAUACAGCCACCUGAUCACGUCCCAUCAGUUUCACCCCAAUGAACUCAUCAAGUUCUGGAACCACUUGCAGAGCAACAAGCACAAUGCCUGUAUCAACAUGGCUAAGGAAAAGAACGGCAGGUACAGACACCGAAGGUUUCAUGGAGAGAGGCCUCCAUGAUGCAUCCUGUGAUUACCACCUGCCUCAAAAAAGGGAGAUGGGCACACUGUAACAGCUGGUGGAGGGCAUGUUGAACUCAGCACUAUACACUAUAUGAGGAAAAGCACAUUGUUUUUGGUAUUGUGUACAGUUGAAGAUCCAAACUAUUUUUUUAAUUUGAGAAAAAAUGUCAAGUAUUGUAAACCUGUUGAGCUAUUUCUAAAAGGGACACUAGAUGACAUGUCUGCAACAUGGAGCAUGCACAAAAGCUGCUGCAGUGCAAGAGUGGUGAUUGUGAUAAUUCAGGUGCCAACAGAAAGAUGGUAACUCAUUCUUCAGUUAAAGUGAGGGUUCUCCUUUAAAGGGUAGUACAGUAUGUCGCACUCUAGAAAUCUAAAAAAAAAAAAAAAAUUAAGACACAAAUGUGUUUACACAGACAAAGGGAAAUGUACAUGUAUGUUGAAAGUUACACUACCUAAAUAUGAAUGAAAGUAUCUUUGACGUUGACCAGUUAUGCUGCCCUGUUUGUCAAUGUUUACUUUACAGAUUUAUCAAAUAACACAACUCAAGAGAAGGUUUAUCAUAUUCUGUAUUUUAUUUAAAAAAAAAUCAACAUGAAAGCACUCAGAAUCAUGUCGGAGAUGACUGAGAUUGUAUUUUUUAAAGCUUUACAUUGAGUAUAACUGCACUUGAGCAAAUGUGCAAUGAAUCAA